CAAGGCGCUGGUCGCCAUGGAGACGGCCGGCGUCGGCCUCCUCUGCCCCGCGGGCCCGUUGCUUCAGUCGGCGACUGCGUCACCCCAUCAACGACCGUCCGUCCGUCCGUGGACAUGCCGGUGAAGCCAAAAAAGAAAGGCCAACCCAAAGAAAAAGUUUCUGAUGUUUUAAAUGUGAAUGUCAUCUUCCCUAAUGAAGACCGAUAUGAUGGAGAAUGCACAAGAAGUGAUGAUGCCGGGCUGGAGAGGAAUGGAUUUGGCGUUCAUACCACACUUAAUGGAAUGACAUAUUCAGGGCAGUGGAACAAUGACAAGAUGAAUGGCACCGGGAAACUGGUGCAUCCGUCCGGUGCAGUCUACGAAGGAGAGUUUAAAGACAACACGUUUCACGGGAUGGGGACCUACACAUGGCCAAAUAAUUCUAAAUAUAUUGGAAGCUUCAAUGAAAACAAUAAUAGGUUUCAUCUGCCUAACUUAUGCACAUCACGCUGUAACAGUCCUGGAAAAGUAUACAAAUGUUCUUUCACUGGCUGUUACUCUGCAGAUUGGAAGGGGAAGGCAAGUUCAUAGAUGCCGAAGGUUAUGAAUGGAUCGGAACUUUUCAUUACAAAGCUGCACCAGGACUGAAGUUAAAACUGGAUAUGUAAUCCACGUCUGCACGGGACCCAUUUCUGAAUCCAUACCAUCAAAUUAUAUUUCUGAGUUUUUUAUAAACAUCACUGAGUGUUUUGGUACAUUUAAAAUAGUAUUAUGCAAAGAUGUCUUCAUUCAAAUACAUACAACAUGCACAUAUGAUUUAUUCUAAAACAUCUAAUGGGAUAGUUCUGUUUAUUUUAAUAAAUCAAUAAAGCAUAAUAAUUAGAACUUUCUAAUCAUUUGACCAGGAUUCAACGGGGAGGGGGGGGGGGUAAGUGGAAUGUAUGCCAAAACAUGGUGUUGCCCACUUUCCCUCAGACAGGGUUUAGGUGUAUUAUUGCCAUGUGUACCGAGGUACAGUGAAAAGCUUUGUUUUGCAUGCUUUCCAAAGAGAUCAGAUAAUACAUCAAUACAAUCGAGUCAGACGCGUUCAACAGAUAGAGCUAAGGGGAAGAUACAGAGUGCAGAAUAUAGUUCUCAGCAUUGUAGUGCAUCAGUUCCAGAGACAGUCCAAUGUCCGUUCUGAAGCCUGAUAACAGAGGGAAGAAGCUGUUCUUGGGUCUGGUGAUGCGCACUUUCAAUUUCUGUACCUUCUCAAGUUCAAGUUCACAUUUAUUGUCACAUGCACCAAUUGGUACAGCGAAAUUGUUGGACCAUUGCCAUCUGCCGGACGGAAGCAGGAAAAAGAAGGAAUGACCGGGAUGGGACAAGUCUUUGAUUACGUUGGCUGCUUUCCUGAGGCAGCGUGAAGUGUAGAUGGUCAAUAAAGGGAUGGAGUCAAUAAGAGUCAAUACGGGAAUUCUAAGCUGUGCGAUGGACUGGGCUACAUCUACAACUCUCUGCAAUAUCUUGCGGACUUGGGCAAAGCUGUUCCCAAACCAAGUUGUGAUGCAAUCCGACAGGAUGCUUUCUAUGGUGCAUCCGUAGAGGUAUGUAAGAGACAUUGGAAGCAUGCCAAAUGUCCUCUAGUACUGCAAGGUUGCACCAUGCUGUGACAGUCAAAAGUCAAGCGUAGUCACAAAGUGCUGCAGUAAUUCAGCAGGUCAGGCAGCAUCUCUGGAGAACAUGGAUAGGUGACGUUUAGGGUGGAGACCCAUCUUCAGAUCCAAAACGUCACCUAUCCAUGUUCUCCAGAGAUGCUGCUUAACCACUGAGUUACUCCAGCACUUUGUAUGUUUUUUGUGAACCAGCAUCUACAGUUCCUUAUGUCUCCAAAUGUCAAGAUUAGUUGCCACGUGCAGUGACAACAAAACAAUUAAAUUCAUUCUUGCAGCAGCUUAACAACCCUGUAAUUAAACACAGUACACAUAGAUAAUAUAUAAUAAACAAAAAAUCCAUAAACAAAAACACACAAUACUAGUGCAAAAAAAACCUGUAAGAUGUAUAAUUCACCAAGAUCUUGAUCAAUGAAGUAACUUAGGCCUCUUAACGGAGAAGAGCAAAAA